GUUUUGAAAGUUUUUAAAAACGAACAGGUUAUUUUUCGUGAUUUAGUGCAUUUUAGAAUGCUCUAGGUUUUGCUAGAAAUAACUACGAAAUUUUUUUAACAAAUGCAUUUUGCUGAACAAACAUUUUUCUACAAAAUGAGAUGUUUCGCAGCUCUGAGAGAAUCUUGAUAACCGAUGUAUGGCAAUUCUUCCAGAUGCCCCAACUGGUGCAUACAUUUUUGGCGCAGUCAAAAACUAUAUGCUCUUAUUUUAGUCAAUGUGGGUUAACACAAAAACAUAGAUGAAAGUUGUGAAAUAGGGACAUAAAAAGAGUAUGAAAUACUGAUUUCAAAUAUUGUAAAAGCAUAUUGUAAACUUGCUCUACCUUCAAUAAAAAUUGUUUUGGAAAGUGAUGAAUUAUUUUUGCAAAAUAUUGUAAGCUUCUUGACACUCCCUGCUAAAUCAGCUCGCCAUUGUAUAGGAAGAAGUGCAAGUCCACGGUGUCGUACGUUGCCAGUAACCAUCAGAAUGACAAUCAAAAAUAGAAGUAGAAACAAUAAGUAAACUGAAAGAAAAUUAACAAUAAAAAAUAAAAAAUGUUUAUUUAAGAAAAUGACUUUAGUUGCAAAAUAUGUGAUAGGAAAGCAGAAAAGAACUGAGAAAUAGAGAGGAAGUGUUGCUUAUUCGAAACGUUUUGUUUCGCAAAUAUAAUUUAUUAUUGUUUUAUAAAGAUCUUGAUAAAAAUGAUGAGGGACGCUUUUCCGUAGGAGUAGUGUUUCAAUAUCGAUGUUGACAGUCGCGUCACGAUGUUUUAUUCUAUCGAAAACUCUCACUCUAACUAAAUGGUAAAUUGGACAUAAGAGAAAGAAGUGCUCGACUGUUUCACUUUGAAGACAGUCACAAAGAUCAUCGCCUCUGUUUUUUAAAAUAUGUCGUCUCACUAAGUCAGAUUCCAAUGUCGAAAAGUCACAACGCAUUUGAUAGAACGCGAUAUCAGCGCUUCUAUUCAUUCCUCUCAUUACUCUUAAUUUUAUGUUAAUUCUUUCUGAAAUUCUUUCUAAAAGAACUUCGAUAACUCUUGUCUGAAAGACGUUAGUUUAUGUAUUUGACGUAAUUUAUUCGGCAAGUUAUUCCACAUUGAUGAUAAAGACGGCGUUUUGUGGAACAGCAAUUGACUAGCGUUAAAUCAUCGCUUAUUAGUAAAGAAAAAACGAAAGUUGAUGAUAAAAAUGUCAUUGAUUCUUUAACACCGUGUCAGUUAUUAAAAAAACUGGAAGAACAACACGUUCUAGCAUUAUCAUCAGAAACUGAUGCAAUCCUUUUGAAAUUUGGUUUGUUUGAACCAAAUAACAUGAGUAAAUCAGAAGGACGAAUCGCGCUAAUGCACGGCUUUGAUCGUUUUACGAACGUCGCUCGUGAAACCACCAAUAGUGAAUGUGAAGCUGAAGAUUUUGUGGAUGCUGUACCUGAACACUGA